AAUUAGCACAGCUGAAAUUCACAACCAUACCGAGGUAGAACCUUUUGUCAUGGCGGGACAGUAAAAGGCGCACAUGUCUUCUGAAGAAACUUUUGACGUAACCUAUGUGAAAGAAUAAUUUUUGAGGAAUCCCGAAAAGAAAAUCGUUACCCAUGGCAUCCCCCACUCCUUCCCAGAGUGACACGCUAACCACAGCCUCCAACUCGUCAGACAGCGAGAUGGAGUCGGCCGGCGUCAACACGCGAUGCAGUCUCUGCAACGACACCUUCUCCAUGCCCAAGGUGCUCAGCUGCUUCCACACGUUCUGUCAGCCAUGUCUGGAGAAAUCGCAGGACGACCCUGACAAGGUGUCUUGCCCUGAGUGCCACUUCGACACGUACCUUGGUGCUGAGGGCUUAGCCGGUCUCAAGCCCGAUUACGCAAUUAGCAACAUCCUAGAGUCGUCUGCCCUUGACACAAGUGCCUUACACUGUACGGGCUGCAAGAGUAAGGAAACGAACGCCGUGGCGCGGUGCUUCGACUGUGCUAACUUCCUCUGCGCCAACUGUGUGAUGGCGCACCAGUUCAUGCACUGCUUCGAGGGUCACCGGGUGGUCAGUCUGGGUGACCUGCAGCUCAAGCAGGAGGAAGGGGGCAGCAAGGCCGACAAGCCUGUCAAUUGUCAGCGACACAAGAACGAUGUUCUCAAGUUCUUCUGCAAAACCUGCGUCCAGCCCAUCUGCAAGGAGUGCACAGUGUUUGACCAUGGUCGCGGCCACGAAUGCCAGUUCCUGAUGGACGUCGCCGACAAACAGAUCGACAUGCUGAAACACGUGGAGAACGAAGCCCGAACCAAGAUCAGUGACCUGCGCGUCUCUGCCAAGGGGAUUGAGCACUUCUCCAGCACACUGCAGUCUCACUACCACCAGGCGCAGAACGACAUCAACGACACGUACAACUUCUACCGUGCCAUGCUGGAGGAGCGGAAGGCCGAGGCUCUGAAGGAGCUGGACCAGGCGUUUAACACGAAGCAGGUGGCCAUCAGCACGCUGGCCCAGAAGAUGCAGGAGAGCGUGGAGAAGCUGUACCAGGGCGCUGAGUUCAUCGACAAGCUGCUGAAACACGCGUCGGUCACCGAGGCCCUGAUGGUGAAGAACUUCGUGGAGCAGCGCUUCCAGAACAUAUACAACUUCCUGCCAGACGAGGACAACCAGAACUACUUUGAGAUCGAGUUCGUCUCCAACUUCCAGGCCAUCCAGACGGGCAUCCGCAACACGUUCGGCUACGUCCGACAGGGCAACGAGCUCGCACCCAUCCAGAAACCACAGCCCAUCGCACGUCCAACGACCAACGGAUUCAUCACACCGCCAAACCUAACCAACGGUCACAUAUUUGAGUCUGUCAGCCUUAACAAAGACUUUGGCACGUCCAGUCUGAUAUUCCCACCGACGGACACCAACCAGUACGAAAAGUGGUCCAGUGGCCUCGACAUCUUGCAGAACGGCAUAGAUGUCUUUUCACCUUCAUCGACCGAUUCCAUUGCCGACCUGACAUCAAAGCUCAUCAAUUCCAGUAUAUAUCCACCUAAGUCGCAGAUCCGCCGCCAGAAGAUGAUCUACCAUUGUCGCUUUGGCGAGUUUGGUGUCCUCGAAGGUCAGUUCACCGAGCCCAGUGGUGUUGCCGUCAACGCUCAAAACGACAUCAUCGUCGCAGACACCAACAACCACCGGAUCCAGAUCUUUGACAAGGAGGGCCGGUUCAAGUUCCAGUUCGGGGAGUGCGGGAAGAGAGACGGCCAGUUGCUUUACCCAAACCGAGUGUCGAAUGUCCGGUCAUCAGGCGACAUUAUUGUUACAGAACGAAGUCCUACACAUCAAAUCCAGAUUUACAAUCAGUACGGCCAGUUCGUGCGCAAAUUCGGUGCCAACGUCCUACAGCAUCCCCGCGGCGUCACCGUCGACAACAAGGGCCGUAUCAUCAUAGUCGAGUGCAAGGUUAUGCGUGUGAUCAUCUUCGACCAGUUUGGAAAUGUCCUCAACAAGUUCGGCUGCUCCAAGCACCUCCAGUUCCCCAACAGCGUCGUCGUCAAUGACAAGGAGGAAAUCUUCAUCAGCGACAACCGUGCACACUGCGUGAAGGUCUUCAACUACCAGGGGGUGUUCCUGCGGCAGAUCGGAGGGGAGGGCGUCACCAACUACCCCAUCGGUGUGGGCAUCAACAUGUCGGGGGAGGUGAUCGUUGCCGACAACCACAACAACUUCAACCUGACCAUCUUCACCCAGGACGGACAGCUGAUCAACGCACUGGAGUCGAAGGUCAAACACGCACAGUGCUUCGACGUCGCUCUCAUGGAUGACGGCUCUGUUGUUCUUGCCAGCAAAGAUUACAAGCUUUACAUUUACAAAUACAUUGUUAGAAGACAUGGUGACAAAAUGAGUCGGCUUGACCACAUGUACCGCAAGGUGCUGCUUACAAAGUACUUCACUAAAGGAUGGGGAAAACCAGAAAAUUUGAAAAGAAUUUUUAAAUUUCGAAAAGUAAUCUCCAAUAGAGAGACAUGCCAACAUCUUGUACCAUCAGACUACCCAAUCUAUAUUGACAAGGAUGAAAUUCAAGGUGAUUACAGAAUCAUGGAAGGUCAUUUUAUUUCACCAUUUAAGAAAUAUAUUCCUGAGGUUGUGCCUAAAGAAGUUGAAUUAGCCAAUUUUCAGGUGAUACUGCCGAAGAACUGGAAACAUAGCAAGUUGAAGCCUGUCUGUCUUCAUCUGGCCGGAACCGGGGACCAUGGCUAUUGGAGAAGGCGUACCUUGAUGGCAAAACCCUUACUGAAGGAAGCUGGCAUCGCAUCCGUCCUACUAGAAAAUCCUUACUAUGGUCAAAGAAAGCCAAAGAAGCAGCUACGUUCCAGUCUUCAUAAUGUCUCAGAUCUCUUUGUCAUGGGUGGUUCCUUAAUCCUUGAGUCACAAGUUUUGUUUCAUUGGUUUGAACGCCAGGGCUGGGGACCAAUCGGUAUCACUGGUAUAUCAAUGGGUGGACAUAUGGCAUCUCUUGCAGCGACAAACUGGCCGAAGCCGAUUUCUCUGAUCCCGUGUCUGUCAUGGAGCACGGCUUCCUGUGUGUUCACUCAGGGUGUAAUGAGUGGCGCCAUUCCAUGGGACGUUUUACAAUCACAGUAUUUUCAGGAUUCUGUUUAUGAGAAAGAGAUUAAAAAAUUAAUCCAGUCUCCUGGUCAGAAACAGAACUCAGCUUAUACGUUAGGACAGCAGUUUGUUCAAGAAAUGGAUAACAACAUGGUUGAUGUGUGGAAAAAACCUAUGACCAAUGCUCCAACACUGACAGAAAACAGAGACCUGGGCGUACCGUCCAAAAACUACAGUCUCCAAAACCCAGGUUCAACUUCAGGAUCAAUAAAUCGAAACUUCAGUUCUGUUAGUGUGUUGCAGGCAUCAGCUGCGAAUCCUGAAGACACUGGCAUUUUAAAAUCGAGCAGCUCGCAAGAUAACAUAACGCAAAAGGCUAACAUCAUGUCAGCGCUUAAUGCAGAAGAGCCGAGUUUAAAACAUUCUGAGUCGAAAUCUCAGCUCUCGGGAGUCACGAAGACGUUGAGUCCGGAUGCUGACAACAAGAAGAAAUUAGCCGAGAUGUUAAGGCAGGAGACAUUUGACUUCAUGGUGGGAAUGAUGGACGAAUGCACUCACCUUGCCAACUUCUCGGUACCCUUUGACCCCGAACUCAUCAUCAUUGUGGCAGCCAAUCAAGAUGCCUACGUGCCUAGGAACCAAGUGCAAAGUCUCAGUGACCUCUGGCCUGGAGCUGAAGUGCGCUACAUUGACAGAGGUCAUGUGACAGCCUUCUUGCUGGAGACCCAGGCAUUUCGACGAGCAAUAAUAGAUUCCUUUGAUCGACAUAUUGCCAAGUACUUCAGUUGACCGAAAACAUCAAGUAAACUACAAACUGGAGAAUUUCUUAAUAUUUACAAUUUUGGAUAAAUGUGCUAAUGUGUUUUGUGACUGCUGGUUAGUGUUAAGUUUAUCAUCAUAUAUAAGUCCAGUACUUGAUAUUGUAGAUUUUUUGUUUUUGUUUUAAUCUUAUUAACUAACAUACUUAAUCAAUGUCUUAAAUUGUUUGAGGGUUUUUUUUUAAAUAUAAAAUUGGAUUUGUUUUUUUACUUUAAUAGUUAUGAGAAAUGAUAUGGAACCCAGUUUUCUUGUGUUCUUUGCAACUGUUUUUUGUUUAACUUAAAAUUGCUCUCACAUCUGGAUCAUUUUAUUGCACUAAUGAUAAUUACCUCUAUACGCAGUGUUCUCGCUGGGUGAAAAUUAAAGGAGGGAGGCUGCGCAGCACCACACCAUUAAAAACAAAACCAAAAAAAACCCCAAAAAGGAUGGGUGGGGGGAGCUUGGUUACCAUAUUGUUGUGUGUUGGUUGACUUUGUGGAAAAACAUACUUCUUAUUUUGCCUACAAAAAGUGCAAAAAAGUUUAUACGAGAUACAAGCAGACUCGUCUUUUAAUUGAACUGAAGAUGUUAUCGAUCUGACAUUCACGGGCAGUUCUGGUUUUGCUGAACCGAUCAAAGUUUUAAUAUUAUUAUUUUUAAUAAAGAUUUCAAGACAAU